CACCAUCUGAGGUCCCUUACACCCACCAUAAACCCACCAUCUGAGGUCCCUUACACCCACCAUAAACAUCCCUGAUAAUCUGGUGGAGGCGCCUCACCAUAGAUGUCCUCCUCCCUCAGGAAUUAAGGCUCCUGGUUGCACAUGGUUCCGAGGGGGAGUCCAAAGGGGCAAAGCUUAGGGAGGUUGAAGAUCGGGAUAUAUGCUGCGACUCCAAAAAUAUUUUGUGGGAGACUACCAGGUUGUAUCUUACUUGAUAUCUUCAGUACUUCAAGAAGGUGUGAAAGACUAGCAGGUUGUAACUUACACGAUAUCUUCAGUACUUCAAGAAGCCCCAGUGAAAGACUACCAGGUUGUAACUUACACGAUAUCUUCAGUACUUCAAGAAGCCCCAGUGAAAGACUACCAGAUUGUAUCUUAUGCUAAAUCUUCAAUAUUUCAAAAAGGGCAACACCUGUUUUUCUUACAAAUUUUUAAUUGGUCAGAUAUUAAUAAUUAAAGAAUUUUGCUUUUGAUAUUGCAAAUUCUAUCUAAAAACUGCAUGGCAGUUAACAGAAAAAUGUAAGUUAGUAAUAUUGUUGUUAAGCAAUUUCAGAAAAAAUCAGCAUUUAAACACAAUAGAAAAAUAAUGAAAAUGCUUUUCAGUGUAUGUUCAUUGUUUUAGUACAUAUAUGUUUGUCUUUUAACACAAAACAAACAAAAUUAUUGUAGUCUCUUAAAACAAAUAAAAUAAACUUUAUCAGUGAUCAUAGAUAGAAAUAGUUUUGCCUAAAACAAAUCAAAACUUUGUAAUAGAUUCAUGAGGAAAAUUGUAUGUCUAGUGCACAAAAUAUUUUACCAAAAAAUAAAUCUUGAAAUACAUAUGAGAGUACAUUAGAUUAACUAAACCACUUUUGAAUGACUAAAGUAUUUUAAAAUGGAAAUAUCUUUGAAAAAUAUGAAAAAGCAUAAAGGAGAUAAACCAUUUCAGUGUUCACAGUGUCUGAAAUAUUUUACCAAAAAAGCCAAUCUUGUGAAUCAUAUGCGACUACAUACGGGAGAUGACACAUUUCGGUGUUCAGAGUGUCUGAAAUGUUUUACUACAAAAGGCAGUCUUGUGAAUCAUAUGCGACUACAUACAGGAGAUGACACAUUUCGCUGUUCAGAGUGUCUGAAAUGUUUUACUGCAAAAGGUAAUCUUUUGACACACAUGAGAGUUCAUACAGGAGAUAAACCAUUUCAAUGUUCAGAGUGUCUGAAAUGUUUUAGUCGUAAACACUCUCUUGUGAUGCAUAUGAGAGUACAUACAGGAGAUAAACCAUUUCAGUGUUCAGAGUGCCUGAAAUGUUUUAUUGGGAAAUAUUAUCUUUUGAAACAUAUGAGAGUACAUACAGGAGAUAAACCAUUUCAGUGUUCAGAGUGUCUGAAAUAUUUUAGUGCAAAAGGCAGUCUUGUGGAUCAUAUGCGACUACAUACAGGAUAUGAAACAUUUCGGUGUUCAGAGUGUCUGAAAUGUUUUACUAGAAAAGGCAAUCUUAUGAAUCAUUUGCGAAUACAUACGGGAGAUGAAACAUUUCAGUGUUCAGAGUGUCUGAAAUGUUUUGCUGCAAAAGGUAAUCUUUUGACACACAUGAGAGUUCAUACAGGAGAUAAACCAUUUCAGUGUUCAGAGUGUCUGAAAUGUUUUAUUGGGAAAUGUAAUCUUUUGAAACAUAUGAGAGUGCAUACAGGAGAUAAACCAUUUCAGUGUUCAGAGUGUCUGAAAUGUUUUACUACAAAAGGCAGUCUUAUGAAUCAUAUGCGACUACAUACGGGAGAUGAAACAUUUCGGUGUUCAGAGUGUCUGAAAUGUUUUACUACAAAAGGCAGUCUUGUGAAACAUAUGCAACUACAUACGGGAGAUGAAACAUUUCGGUGUUCAGAGUGUCUGAAAUGUUUUACUACAAAAGGCAGUCUUAUGAAUCAUAUGCGACUACAUACAGGAGAUGACACAUUUCAGUGUUCAGAGUGUCUGAAAUGUUUUACUACAAAAGGCGGUCUUGUGUAUCACAUGCGACUACAUACGAGAGGUGAAACAACACGACUACAUAAGAGAGAUGAAACAUUUCAGUGUUCAGAGUGUCUGAAAUAUUUUAGUAGACAAGGCAGUCUUGUGAAUCAUAUGCGACUACAUACGGGAGAUAAAACAUUUCAGUGUUCAGAGUGUCUGAAAUGUUUUACUACGAAAGACAGUCUUGUGAAUCAUAAGCGACUACAUACGGGAGAUAAAACAUUUCAGUGUUCAGAGUGUCUGAAAUGUUUUACUGCAAAAAAUAGUCUUUUGACACACUUGAGAGUUCAUACAGGAUAUAAACCAUUUCAAUGUUCAGAGUGUCUGAAAUGGUUUUCUGAAAAAGGCGGUCUUGUGAAACAUUUGCGAGUACAUACAGGAGAUAAACCAUUUCAGUGUUCAAAUUGUUUGAAAUGCUUUAGUGAAAAAGGCACUCUUGUGAAACAUAUGCGAGUACACACAGGAGAUAAACCAUUUCAGUGCUCAAAGUGUCUGAAACGCUUUACUAAGAAAAACACUCUUGCGAGACAUUUGCUAGUACAUAUGAAGAUGAAACAUGUUAGUGUUUAAUGUAUCAGGAAUAUUUUAGUUUUAAACACAUGAGAAUACAGUGGAACCUCUACUUGCGAGUUUAAUCCAUUCCUUGACCUUACUUGCUACUUGCGAGUUUAAUCUGUUCCUUGACCUUACUUGCUACUUGCGAGUUUAAUCUGUUCCUUGACCUUACUUGCUACUUGCGAGUUUAAUCUGUUCCUUGACCUUGCUUGCAACUGGAUUUGCUCAUUUGCAGAGUCAAUUUUCCUCAUUUAAAUUAACUGAAAUGCAAUUAAUCCAUUCCAGUGGCAUUCUGUACUUCAAUAAUUUUGCUAAUAUCAACUUUACGGAUUAAUUAUCUAUCUCACUUCAUCUAAUAUGACAUAAUAACCAAUAUAAAUAACAUAGAAACCUGAUGUAUACUCUAAAAUGAAUAAAAUAUGUAAUUCAUGUAGUGGUAUGGGCGGUGUCAAUGGUGGACGAGAGUUUGUCUGGAGACAGGACAAAAUACUUCUUGAAUAAUUUUGUUAAUAACAUCUAUACAGCUUAGAUAUCUAUCACAGUUCAUCUAAUAUGACAUAACAAACAAUAUAAAUAACAUACAAACCUGAUAUAUACCCUAGAAUGAAUAAAAUGUCAUUAUAUAUUUUACUAUUAGCACACUGGCCGAUUCCCACCAAGGCAGAGUGGCCCGAAAAAGAAAAACUUUCACCAUCACUCACUCCAUCACUGUCUUACCAGAAGGGUGCUUUACACUACAGUUUUUAAACUGCAACAUUAACACCCCUCCUUCAGAGUGCAGGCACUGUACUUCCCAUCUCCAGGACUCAAGUCCUGCCUGCCGGUUUCCCUAAAUCUUUUAAUAAAUGUUACUUUGCUCAAACUCCAACAGCACAUCAAGUAUUAAAAACUAUGUCUCCAUUCACUCCUAUCAAACACGCUCAUGCAUACCUGCUGGAAGUCCAAGCCCCUCGCACACAAAACCUCCUUUACCCCCUCCCUCCAACCUUUCCUAGGCCGACCCCUACCCCACCUUCCUUCCACUACAGACUGAUACACUCUUGAAGUCAUUCUGGUUUGCUCCAUUCUCUCUACAUGUCCGAACCACCUCAACAACCCUUCCUCAGCCCUCUGGACAACAGUUUUGGCAAUCCCGCACCUCCUCCUAACUUCCAAACUACGAAUUCUCUGCAUUAUAUUCACACCACACAUUGCCCUCAGAAAUGACAUCUCCACUGCCUCCAGCCUUCUCCUCUCAUUAUAUAUGUCAUUAUAUAUGUAGUUAGUAGGUUGGUAGACAGCAACCACCCAGGGAGGUACUACUGUCCUGCCAGAUGACUGAAACAGAAACCUGUAAUUGUUUUACAUGGUUGUAGGAUUGCGGUGUCUUUUUCUGUCUCAUAAACACGCUAGAUAACAGGGAUAUCUUGCCACUCCUACUUUCAGUUUUGUCACACCUCACAGGCAUACACAUGCAUAUAUACAUACAUCUAGGUUUUUUCUCCUUUUUCUAAAUAGCUCUUGUUCUUCUUUAUUUCUUCUGUUGUCCAUGGGGAAGUGGAAAAGAAUCUUUCCUCCGUAAGCCAUGUGUGUUGUAUGAGGCAACUAAAAUGCCGGGAGCAAUGGGCUAGUAACCCCUUCUCGUGUAAACAUUUACUAAAAAAGAGAAGAAAAAACUUUAUAAAACUGGGAUGCUUGAAUGUGCGUGGAUGUAAUGCGGAUGACAAGAAACAGAUGAUUGCUGAUGUUAUGAAUGAAAAGAGUUGGAUGUCCUGGCCCUAAGUGAAACAAAGCUGAAGGGGGUAGGGGAGUUUCAGUGGGGAGAAAUAAAUGGGAUUAAAUCUGGAGUAUCUGAGAGAGAUAGAGCUAAGGAAGGGGUAGCAAUAAUUGAAGGAUCAGUUAUGGAAGGAGAAAAGAGAAUAUAAAUGUGUAAAUUCAAGGAUUAUGUGGAUUAAAGUAAAGGUUGGAUGCGAAAAGUGGAUCAUAAUAAACAUGUAUGCACCUGGAGAAGAGGAGGAAUAUAGA